AUGGCUGCUAUUGCAAAUAAGCCAUUGUUUGGCCCUACUGCUGUCAAACUUCCCCUUUUUUGUCCAACUGCUUUUUUUGUACAACAAUAUAACAUACCUUUAGCCUUUCAGAUCAAUGUAUUCCUCUGUGGAAGGGUGGUAAUUGGAUGCUACAUGCUCCAUAUCCCUAGGAAUUUUCCUUCAGCAUUGCCAGAAAAUUACCAGUACAGCUUUUCAAGGGGGAAAAUGCAGCGGAGAGAGCGGAAAGCUGAGUUGCGAGGUGAGAUAGAGAAUGAAGAGGGCAAUUUCUGGGUUACGAGCUGGUGCAAGAUUAGAUUAAAUGAGGCGGACUUCGGGUUCGGAAAGCCUGCGUGGAUUGGUCCCACGGAUGGGAAAGAACCACCUCCUGGGUUUAUGAACUUUUUCACUCUCACUGAUUAUUGUCAUUCUAUUAAUGGUGAUGGAAUUGAAUCAUGGUUGAUGUUAGAGGAGAAAGAAAUGCAAACUUUUGAGUCUAACCCGGAUUUCCUUGCUUUUGCUUAUCCUAAUUAA